GCAGCCAAAGGCGCCGGCGGCGGCCGCGCGGCCGCCGCCGUGCAGCGACCUGCCGCUCGGCGGCGAGCCGAUGUCGCGGCUGUGUGCGCGGCUGCGCGCGCUGUGCCGCGUCGCGUUGGUGCGGCUGCCGCGGCGCGGGUUCUGCUUCGAGGCCUUCAGCGAGGCGGUGGCGGCCGGCUGCGUUGGUGGAUCCGGCGGCGGCGGCGGCGGCGGCGCCGAGGCUUCAGGCCUCGGCUACACCCGCGGCCACGGCGAGGGCAACAGCAACGUUGUUUGCGGGGAGGCGGUUUUCGGGCAGGAGCCCCUGAUACUGUCUGCAGAAUUAGGGCGCUCGCAGCUGCUGCUGAUCGUGUAUGGCGGCGCGCUUGUCGCGGAGGAGCAGGCGCCCGCGCCAAGCGGCAGGGCGCGGCGCAGGUGGCAGCUGAGGGUGCGGGGCGGCAGCGGUUGCGGAGAUGGCAGCGGCGGCGGCGGCGGGGCCUGGCGGCUCCCCGAGCCCUGCAGCGUGUUCGUGAGCAGCCGUGGCUGCUUUGUGCGCUGCGAGCGGGACAUGCUUUGGACGGCAUAGCAUGG